CUUUGAAAGUUACGUAUUAAUACCUACGUAUUAACAAUGAGACCAGGCUGUUAUUUCACACCAACAUAAUGAGUUUAUUAACCGAUUCUGCAGGAGUGUGGGCGGGACCUUGAUAUCGCAGCUCUACUUUGCGUUCACUAUGCGCAGACUCCAGACUCAAGAUGUCAGCACCAUAUUGACACACUGGCGGCUUCAGUUACUACAAUGGAAGAGAGUGAAGUUAUGCAAGAACAUCUCCAUCUUCCUGAGAGUUUGAUGGUUAUUUCUGCACGCUCUUCUUCUGUUGAAGACUUCUGGAUCUGAUGUCAUAAACCAGAACAACCACAGUAGCCACGCCCACCACAGCAGAGAGAGCCAAUCGGAUCACAGCUUCAGUACAGCCACAACAGUGGAUACGGUCUUGUGAGACAAGAAAUGAGCAAUGUUAAAAUAGAAAUAUUGUUUAGUUUGUGAAAAACAAAAUAUAGUGCUGCUGAUAUACCUGCACAUGUGUGACAGAGAUGAGUGUUGUUGAGGUGUUGAGUCUGGUUUCUGAUGGGAUUGUUCAGCACACAGCUGUAGGAAUCAUCCACACACUCCAGAUGGAGAAGAAGAUCAGACCGGCUGCUGAGAUCAGACACACUGAUGUUGGACAAUACACUGUUUCCUUUGAACCAGGAGAGAGUCACAUGACUCACAUUCACAGCUGAACACACCAGUGAACAUGAUGAUGAUGAUGAUGAUGAAGAGUUACUGCUGAUGACAGGAACAGGCAGACGAGCUGGAAACAUGACAGAAUAUAAAUAAUUAAGUCCAUAAGAGUGCUGUGAUUUUUAUCAUUUCAUAGAUAUUUAAAAUUGAUUUUAAGAAUUAAAGAAACGAUUAUUAUAAAAUGUUGAUAAUUACAAUAAUUAUAUUAAGGCAUGAAAUGGAAAAAAAAAUGAAUCUGUACAAUUAUAGAAUAUUCUAUCACUUUAUAAUAUUCACAAUAAUAUAACAGUGAUUAAUGCAUAACAGAUGUAAUCCUCUCCUCACCAUAGACAGUGAGAUUGAACGUGUUGAGCGGCAUCUCUCUGCUGCUGCUGGAGACUGUAUAAAGUCCAGAGUCUGUGGUUCUGCUGUUGAUGAUGGUCAGAGAUCCAGUCUGAUGAUCCAGUUUCAGUCUGCCUCUGAAUCUCCCAGCAGCAGUAGAAUUAAAUAAACUGCUCUUAUUAUUCUGUAUGUUGAUUUUAGCUAUGCCAAUGUUUCCAAAUUUCCACAUUAUCACAUCUCUCUGUAGAUCAGUAAGAUCAGUGUGAAGAGUGACCGAUUCUCCUUCCGUCACUGAUACCAUCUUCAGUUCAUCAACACCAAACACACCUGAUCAACAAACAUUUCAAAUGUUUUUAAAAGUUUCACCAUUGAGAAAUAGCUCUUCAUUCUGCACAAAAGUUGGGUAUAUUAGUCUGAUACAUCUUGAAAAUAUAAAUGAUGGAAAUAAUAAAGAGCAGAAUGAUGUGCAGAUGAACUUAUGAUAAUACAAAAACAACUGAAGCCAUAAGAACACUUACCAGAUCGACUCCAGGAGCACAAACAGAAGAGAAUAAAAGUCUCGAACAUUUUUUCAGCAGUUCACUGAAGUUUGGCAACAGAACUGUUAUAAUAAUAUUCACAGGUCCUGCUCUCUUGAGAACGUCAGUCUGAAGUGAAGUGGUUCAGUCAGUGUGAAGAAACUCCUCCUUCACUCUCAGAACGAUAUUUGUGAUCAUUUGUGUUUAAGAACAGCUGAUACUGACUGUUCUGCCAACAUCUGAAUCAUUUUACAUUGUUUUCUUUCUCAAACCCAGAUUAUUUCAGUCCUUCUGUCCUCUCUGUUAAAGUGUUUCAUGUAUAUGUAUUUAGUUUCAUUUUUCAAGCUCAUUUGCACUCGUUUAAAUAUUGUUUUUUCAUAUGUAGGUUGAAUAUAUUAUUACUCUUAAUACACAUUUAUACACUUAAAUAUGGUGAAUUCAGGGUGUUUGGGACACUUUUUGCCUUUGAGAUGACUUGGAAAAAGUGUCCCAAUCAACCUGAAUUUACGCUUUUGGAAGUCAUUUUAUGUGCUUUCUCUUCACUCGUAAAAGUGUUAUGAUAGUUGUUACUCCAGUGGGGCCUAUUGCUAUUUUUGUGAGUAUCAAAUCUGAAACCGUUCAGUUCAUGAAUUUUUCUUAACAACUACUGGCACCUUCAGAAAGACUUCAUAUGUUUAUUUCUUCCAUUUCGAGAAGGCAUAUGCUGUACAGUCUCUGAAGGGAGGAGUUUGUUCACAACUAAACCACUUCACUUCAGACCGGCAGCGCUCUGAGUCGUUUGCUUUGUUACAAAACAUUCAGCGUUUUCAAGACUCUCAGGAUCUGAUUAUUAUAACAGCUCUGUUAUGAAGAUGCUCAUUUUCAUCUGUUUGUGCUCGUGGAGUCUGGCUGGUGUGUUUGGUGUUGAUGAAGUGAAGAUGGAAGUGAUGGAAGGAGAAUCAGUCACUCUAAACACUGAUCCUACUGAAAUACAGAGAUCAGAUAAUAAAUCACAUAAUGAUCUGAUAAUGUGGAAAUUUGGAAACAUUGGCAUAGCUAAAAUCAACAUACAGAAUAAUAAGAGCAGUUUAUUUAAUACUACUGCUGCUGGGAGAUUGAGAGACAGACUGAAACUGGAUCAUCAGACUGGAUCUCUGACCAUCAUCAACAGCAGAACCACAGACUCUGGACCUUAUACAGUCUCCAGCACCAGCAGAGAGACGCUGCUCAACACGAUCAAUCUCACUGUCUAUGCUCGUCUGCCUGUUCCUGUCAUCAGCAGUAACUCUUCAUCAUCAUCAUCAUCAUCAUCAUGUUCAUUGGUGUGUUCAGCUGUGAAUGUGAGUCAUGUGACUCUCUCCUGGUUCAAAGGAAACAGUGUAUUGUCCAACAUCAGUGUGUCUGAUCUCAGCAGCCGGUCUGAUCUUCUUCUCCAUCUGGAGUGUGUGGAUGAUUCCUACAGCUGUGUGCUGAACAAUCCCAUCAGAAACCAGACUCAACACCUCAACAACACUCAUCUCUGUCACACAUGUGCUGCAGGUCCUCCAGUCUCUCUGACAGUGCUGAUCUCUGCUGCUGCUGCUGCUGGAUCUCUGUUGAUUGUUAUUGCUCUCGGGAUCUUCUGCAUCUGCAGGAAACACAAUAAAACUGACCCAAAAGUUCAGACUCAGACAGACAUAAUUUACGCUGGUCCAACCUUCUACAAAGGAAAAGCACAUAAAUCGAGGACUGAAAAGCAGGAAAAUGUGGUGUACGCAGAAGUUUCAAGACGUUGAUCAACUCUUCAUCAAACUGGGAUUCUGUUUUGGGGUUUCUAACGUUCUACAGCCCAAAUUCUGGGAAGGAAUUUCAUAUGAACACAAAUAUAUACACAUUUAAAUUUCAUUUCUCUCUUUCAUUUGGUUCCCAAUAAGUAUAUAUAUAUAUAUAUAUAUAUAUAUACAAACCCGAUUCCAAAAAAGUUGGGACACUGUACAAAUUGUGAAUAAAAAAGGAAUGCAAUAAUUUACACAUCUCAUAAACUUAUAUUUUAUUCACAAUAGAAUAUAGAUAACAUAUCAAAUGUUGAAAGUGAGACAUUUUGAAAUGUCAUGCCAAAUAUUGGCUCAUUUUGGAUUUCAUGAGAGCUACACAUUCCAAAAAAGUUGGGACAGGUAGCAAUAAGAGGCCGGAAAAGUUAAAUGUACAUAUAAGGAACAGCUGGAGGACCAAUUUGCAACUUAUUAGGUCGAUUGGCAACAUGAUUGGGUAUAAAAAGAGCCUCUCAGAGUGGCAGUGUCUCUCAGAAGUCAAGAUGGGCAGAGGAUCACCAGUUCCCCCAAUGCUGCGGCGAAAAAUAGUGGAGCAAUAUCAGAAAGGAGUUUCUCAGAGAAAAAUUGCAAAGAGUUUGAAGUUAUCAUCAUCUACAGUGCAUAAUAUCAUCCAAAGAUUCAGAGAAUCUGGAACAAUCUCUGUGCGUAAGGGUCAAGGCCGGAAAACCAUACUGGAUGCCCGUGAUCUUCGGGCCCUUAGACGGCACUGCAUCACAUACAGGAAUGCUACUGUAAUGGAAAUCAUAACAUGGGCUCAGGAAUACUUCCAGAAAACAUUGUCGGUGAACACAAUCCACCGUGCCAUUCGCCGUUGCCGGCUAAAACUCUAUAGGUCAAAAAAGAAGCCAUAUCUAAACACGAUCCAGAAGCACAGGCGUUUUCUCUGGGCCAAGGCUCAUUUAAAAUGGACUGUGGCAAAGUGGAAAACUGUUCUGUGGUCAGACGAAUAAAAAUUUGAAGUUCUUUUUGGAAAACUGGGACACCAUGUCAUCCGGACUAAAGAGGACAAGGACAACCCAAGUUGUUAUCAGCGCUCAGUUCAGAAGCCUGCAUCUCUGAUGGUAUGGGGUUGCAUGAGUGCGUGUGGCGUGGGCAGCUUACACAUCUGGAAAGGCACCAUCAAUGCUGAAAGGUAUAUCCAAGUUCUAGAACAACAUAUGCUCCCAUCCAGACGUCGUCUCUUUCAGGAAAGACCUUGCAUUUUCCAACAUGACAAUGCCAGACCGCAUACUGCAUCAAUUACAACAUCAUGGCUGCGUAGAAGAAGGAUCCGGGUACUGAAAUGGACAGCCUGCAGUCCAGAUCUUUCACCCAUAGAAAACAUUUGGUGCAUCAUAAAGAGGAAGAUGCGACAAAGAAGACCUAAGACAGUUGAGCAACUAGAAGCCUGUAUUAGACAAGAAUGGGACAACAUUCCUAUUCCUAAACUUGAGCAACUUGUCUCCUCAGUCCCCAGACGUUUGCAGACUGUUAUAAAAAGAAGAGGGGAUGCCACACAGUGGUAAAUAUGGCCUUGUCCCAACUUUUUUGAGAUGUGUUGAUGCCAUGAAAUUUAAAAUCAACUUAUUUUUCCCUUAAAAUGAUACAUUUUCUCAGUUUAAACAUUUGAUAUGUCAUCUAUGUUGUAUUCUGAAUAAAAUAUUGAAAUUUGAAACUUCCACAUCAUUGCAUUCCUUUUUUAUUCACAAUUUGUACAGUGUCCCAACUUUUUUUGGAAUCGGGUUUGUAAAAACAUUUAUAGUUGACACCACCCUGUUUGAAGUGCAAUGCUUGUUUCUUACUCAUUUUGGGCCACUGAUUACAAAACUAGAGCCUGUUUUGCUCUAGUACAUUACAGUUUCCCCACACAAUAUGAUGAAUUUUGUAGCAUUUCUGCUUUUGACAGCUAUUUGUAAAGUGAAGAUGUCUUGUAUAAUCCCUUAAUUACUGUAUUAGAAAAACGUCCAUAUCUUCCUCUGCGCUCGCUGUUAUUUCUCAACCAGUUUUCACUUGUAUUCUGAUUCUGAAGACAUUAUUUUAUGCCUAAUAUUGAUUUUUAAGGUUGGAAUUAUGGACAGUAACAGAAGAAAAUGCAAAUAUGAGGGUGCUUUACAACAUCCAAACAAUCACAGAAAAUUACAGAUAUUAUGAAAAACAGCUUAUUUAUUUAUGAGGUUAUGAAGAUAUGGUUAUGAAAUAUAUGUUAAUAAAUUUUAUAUUUUAAUAAGUUAAA